GCUUAGAAAACCUUCCCGCACCCACUUCUUCUUGUUUGUUCGCGGUCUCCGACCAUCGAAUUUCCACGUGUUUCAACCGCGCCAGCUGCCAUGCCAGAAUCCAAGGAUAAAAAGGGCAAAGCCGCCCAGGCGUCAAAUGAUGAGGAUGCGGCGAAACAGAAGUUGACCCCCAAAGCGGCCGAGGCGCUGCUGGAGAACAACCCCGCCCUGAAGAACGAGCUGGCCGGACUCGACAAGGAUAAGGCCGCGGAGGCCCUGCGCAAGAUGGAUAUCUCCGAGCUCUUGACUGGUCUGGCUGUUGGAGGCAAGAACCAGAAAGAUAUGGCCUCGUACAAGUUCUGGCAGACCCAGCCUGUGCCUCGUUUCGAUGAGGCCGCUGCCGCUGCCAACGAUGUCGGUGGGCCGAUUAAGAUGAUUGAUCCAGAGAAAGUGUCGAAGACUCCCGAUCCGCUCAUCGAAGGCUUCGAGUGGGCUACACUGGACCUCACGAAGGAGGAAGAACUCCAGGAGCUGUGGGAUCUGCUCACCUACCACUACGUCGAGGACGACAAUGCUAUGUUCCGCUUCAGAUACUCGAAGUCAUUCCUACACUGGGCGCUGAUGGCACCGGGUUGGAAGAAGGAAUGGCACGUCGGAGUUCGCGCUACCAAGUCGCGGAAGCUUGUCGCCGCUAUCUCCGGUAUCCCUACCGAGUUGCGCGUUCGCGAGCAGAAGAUCAAGGUCACCGAGAUCAACUUCCUCUGCAUCCACAAGAAGCUACGAUCCAAGCGUCUUGCACCGGUCCUCAUCAAAGAGAUCACUCGCCGUUGUUAUCUCGAGGGGAUUUUUCAGGCCAUCUAUACCGCGGGUGUGGUCCUGCCAACUCCCGUCAGCUCAUGUCGGUACUACCACCGUCCUUUGGACUGGCUUAAGCUGUAUGAGGUCGGAUUCUCGCAUCUGCCAAAGGGUUCGACCAAGGCCCGACAGAUUAGCAAGAACCACCUUCCGAGUGUCACGUCUACUCCUAACCUCCGCCCCAUGGAAGUCAAGGAUAUCGAUGCCGUCCACGAGCUCCUGGAACGCUACCUGAAGCGGUUUGACUUGAACCAGGCCUUCUCCCGCGAGGAGAUCGAACACUGGCUCGUGCACAAAGGAGGGGAGGCCGACCGGGAACAGGUGGUUUGGUCUUACGUGGCGGAGGACCCGGAAACCCACAAGAUUACCGACUUCUUCUCCUUCUACAACCUGGAAUCCACCAUCAUUCAGCACCCCAAGCAUGAUUGCCUGCGCGUAGCUUACCUUUACUAUUAUGCCACCGAAACAGCUUUCACUGGCGAUAUGAAGGCGCUCAAGGAACGACUUCUGAUGCUGAUGAAUGAUGCCCUGAUCCUGGCGAAGAAGGCUCGUUUUGAUGUGUUCAAUGCUCUUACCCUUCAUGAUAACCCUCUCUUCCUGGAGCAGCUCAAAUUCGGGGCGGGCGACGGCCAGCUUCACUACUACCUCUAUAAUUACCGGACGGCCCCCAUCCCCGGUGGUGUCAACGACAAGAACCUGCCGGAUGAGAAGAAAAUGGGAGGUGUCGGUGUUGUCAUGUUGUAGAGUCCGGUACUCUCACAUGUUCGUUUCGAAGUACAGUACCGAAUCAAUGGGUGUUCUGUGUGGCCGGAUAAGCAAGCGGCUAAUCAAAGUCAAAGUCAAUUGUGACACGACGAAUGUGAAUACUAUUAGCUCAAAUUGAGAUACAUACUUUAGAGGG